AUGCAAUCCUAUCCUGUAUUUGAUAAGAAAUAUCAAUAUACCUGGUCCAGAGAAGGGACCACGGUUCUCAUUGAACUAUAUGAAAAUUAUCCCUGUUUAUAUAUUUCAACUUUACCAGAGUAUCAUAAUAAAGACAUCAAGCAUGCAGCCUAUGUUGCAAUUAAAGAAGAAUUCAAUCGUAGGACCUUGGCAAAUCUCACGCCAGAAGAUAUUAAAAAAAAAAUACAUGGCAUAAGGACCCAGUACCUGAAUGAGCUAAACAAAAUAAAAAAAAGUAAAGCCUCAGGAGCAGGAACAAAGGACAUAUACAAACCAACAUUGUGGUGUUUUGAUGCCUUGAGCUACUUGAAUCCAUCUACGGAAGUAGUAAACAAGGGAGAAUCUAAUCUCAACUUACCUGAAAAUGGUGAAAACAGUGUGCAAACUGAAAAUUCAAUUGAUAUAGAGUAUGAUGAUAAUGCUGACAAUGAGAUUCUAUAUGAUGGGUAUGCUUCUGAUUUAAAUGAAAUCCACCUGGAACUUAAUAAGAAGUCCAAUCCCUGUUCUAGUCAGAAUGAAGAUAUCAUAUCUCAAGAGCCUGUCCAACCAGUUAAUACUCCAAAAAGAAGGAGAAAAGCUGAUAAAAUUGAAAAUUUAUUGGACAUGGCUUCAAAGUCUUUGAUAAGCUUGACUGAGAAAGAGAAUGUUAUUCCAAAUAUAUUGGGAGAGCAGAAUCAAUUAUUUGGAAAGAUGAUUGCUAGUGAAAUGAACACAAUUGAGGAUGAAUCAAUUCUAGACGCAUUGAAACAAAAAAUGUUGUGCUCAUUAUAUGAAGCAAAGAACUUAAAUCGACAAAAGAAACAAUGAUAUGGAAAAUUUGAAGUAUUUAUUAUUGAAAUAUGAAAUUGUGUUUUAAUGAAUUAGGUAGA